AUGCCCCAGCCCGGCGGCAGGGCCGGAGCCGGCGGCACACGCUCGGCACAGGCAGCGUGCACCGAGCCGGGGCUGCCCGCUUCGAGGGGAUCUGGGGGUCCUGGGGCCGGUGCGGACCUCAGGACCCGCACGCCGCUCCCAAGGGCCAGCGGCACACCCGGGGGCUCGCUCAGCCCCACGCGGGUCCCCGGGCGGUGCCGAUGUCCCCACACCCUGUGGGCCAGCAGCGACCCCGGCCCGGCCAGCACCGCUUCCCCCAGCACGGACGCGGGGCCGGGGACAUCGCGCUGGCCGGUGGGGACGGUGUCCUUGCCGGUGGGGAUGGUGUCCGUGCUGGUCUCCUCAUGCCGUGGGGGCACAGCGGCACCCAAAGGAGCGGCUGCCGACCCCGCAGCGAACAGGUGCCCCAGCCCCCACCACGGCCCCCAGGACGGGCACGACCGUGCCACGCCGCUGCCGGCACCAGCACUACCCCGGCCCGGCUGCCCCGUGGGUGCCGGCUCGCCGGAUCCUGGAAGGAGCGGGCCAGUCCAGCUCAGCCCCUCGCACCGCAGGACAGCCCUGCAGCACCCUGGGGACCCCCACCCACACCUUGGCACCCCCAGGCCCAGCCCGGCCCCCACCCUGCGAUACAGCCCCGACCCUCAGGACCAGCCGAGGGAACCGCAGGUCCCGCUGCCAGUGGGGGGGUCACAGUCCCAGAGUGCCCCAUCCCAGUUCCCCGCCAGCUCCUGGGAAGCGGCGGGAUUGUGCCACGGCAGCCGCUCGCAGCAGCCCCCGGUUGUUUUUAGCCCUGGAUGCGGCACACAGCCGGCGCCCUGGGAACGGCGUGCCGGGAACAGCGCGGCCCCAGACAGCCCUUUCUGGCUCGGCGACAGCCGGCAGACAAGUGCAGCUGGCUGCGCCGCCGGCCCGCGGCACGGGGCCGCUCGGGACACGGUGCCCGGGGCCGGCGUGGGUGGACUCAACGGGCAGGCAGCCGCUCGACACCCCCGGACGCCGGGAUGUGGUGGCACCGCGCUCCCGGCCCGGGCAGGCUCCUAGGUGCUGGGAUCCGGCCAGGCAGGACCGGGACCUG